UUCUUUUGUGUCCUUAUAAAACUCGUCUAUUUUUUUCAUUAUUCGAUAUCGGCAGAUGAAAUUUCGGCCCAUAUGCCUUAUCAUCACCAUACGCGGGGACAUGGAAGCGGCGGCAUGUGGGUUUUACUAUUGGAAAACGUCGGUAUUUCCGCCAUGCACAUGCAAGUCCUACACGACGAUAAGGUCAUAAUGUUCGAUCGAAAAGAUUUUGGCCCCUCCAACAUUUCCCUUCCCGUGGGCACUUGUAACUCCGAGGAUUGCACUGCCCAUUCCAUCCUAUACGACAUUCGUAAGAACACCAUUCGCCCCCUAACCAUCCGAACGGACACGUGGUGCUCUUCCGGGGCGGUCAUUCCCGAUGGAACCCUAAUUCAGACCGGGGGCUAUAGAAAAGGCGAGAAGAAAAUUAGAACGUUCAAACCUUGUGGGCGCGAUGUCAAUUGCGAUUGGAUAGAACUCCCGGCUAGUCUUGAAAGUGCUCGUUGGUACGCUUCCAAUCAUAUUCUCCCGGAUGGUCGGAUAAUAAUCAUUGGAGGAGCGUUUAGUCCAAACUACGAGUUUUACCCGAAAGACAAGAAUUCUGUGGAGGCCUACGACCUCCCGUUCUUAAGCGAGACGACGGAUGAUUGGAAAGCGGAGAUGAAUAACCUAUACCCUUUUGUUAAUCUUCUCCCGGACGGGAAUCUAUUCAUGUUUGCGAAUAACCGGUCCGUGGUGUUUGAUUAUGUUCACAACAAGAUUAUCUUAGAAUUUCCACAAAUGCCCGGAGGUGUGAAGCGGAAUUACCCAUCCACCGGUUCUUCGGUCAUGCUUCCUUUGGAUUUAAGUGGGGGUAAUAUGAAACCGGACGUGGAGGUGAUGGUUUGCGGUGGGGCGGUCCAAGGCUCGUUUGAUUUUGCUAUGAACCGUGUUUUUCGACCCGCAUCAAACACUUGUGGAAGAUUACGGGUCACUGACCCCAACCCGGUUUGGCAAAUGGAGGAAAUGCCAGUGAGGUGGGUCAUGCCCGACAUGUUGUUAUUACCCACAGGAGAUGUGAUCCUCAUAAACGGGGCCCAGAAUGGGACGGCGGGUUGGGACUACGGAGAAGUUCCAAAUAUGAACCCGUUUUUAUACAUUCCAUGGGAGUCCAACCCUACCCGGAGAUUCGUGAUUCUUAAGGAAACAAUUAUCCCGAGAAUGUAUCAUUCCACGGCGGCACUUUUGCCUGACGGAAGCAUAUUAAUUGGCGGAAGUAACCCUCAUUUCCGUUACGAAUUUGCCGGAGUGAGAUAUCCAACGGAGUUAAGAUUGCAAAAAUUCAUGCCUACUUAUCUAUCUCCACGUUACGCGAAUCUCAGCCCUACGAUCAAAUCAGUGGAGCCCGCAGGGAAGAUAUCCUACGGACAAAAAUUAUGGAUCACGUUUUCGGCGAAAAGGAUACGCAGAAACUAUAAGGGGGUCACGGUAACUAUGGUGUACCCAUCUUUUACGACGCACUCUUACGCCAUGAAUCAACGGGUGUUAUUGUUGGAUAUUGUUGAGUUUCGAUUGGGUGCGGAUGAUGAUGGGUCCCACCACGCUGUUUCAGUGGUGGCGCCUGGAUCACCAAAUAUUGCACCGCCCGGUUAUUAUAUGUUGUUUGUCGUUAAUGAUGGAAUACCCGGUCACUCUACUUGGAUCAACAUUUCAUAA